GCGCGCGCGUGCCCCCUAAUCCCCCGCCUUCCGGCUCCGGCGGCGACGCUCGCUGCUUGCCGCCGCCGCGCCGCCGGUGUCAGCCUCCCUCGGGAGACUCCAUUUGCUCUCAGCUCGGUCUGGUCGCCGCGAAGUCAGGAGAGAGCGAUGCCCCCGGCCCGCGGACUGGUGUCCCCCGGGCCAAGCGCCCGCUCCCUCGCUGGCUGGCUUCGGUGGUGACAUCCUGGUUGCUGGCGUCCACGGAGGAAUCCGGGCUCCCUCUCCGUGAGCAAAGACGUCCCGCGUUUCUGCGGGGAAAGGCCCUCGCUAACACGGCUGCUCUCUGACCUCUUAAUUUCAGGAGGUUUUCGGAGGCUUGGAGUGCCUAUACAGCCCCCGACAAGAACUGCUUCUGUUGGCCCAUCGAGGAUCAUCUUUCACCAGGAUUAUUGUAACAUCUUCACUGAGCCUUCCACCCCAUACCAUGAGUCCUGAUUUGUGCCAAUGAAGUUUUUUUUUGGUUUUUUUUUUAUGCUUUCUUUAAUCAUGUGACACUACUUCUGGUCAGCCUUUUCCCUUUUCAGUUGCCAAACACAUUAGGUAGAAGUUUGUGUUUUAAAGUACAAAGUUUCUUGCUUCUCCACUCUCACCCGUGUUUGCACUGCUCACUUCUGUUCAACUUGCCUUCUGCUUGCCUAUGAUUUCCAUAAUCACUCUCUUGCGUAACCUGUAGCAGUCCUUGCCUGGGGAGGCAGCAUUCCAUACAGUGCCCUGCCUGACAAGGACAGCAGUCAGGGGGUGAGUUUUCCCAUUAUAAUUUCCUAUUAAGUUUGCAAGUCCUGUCUGAAAAACUUUGUUCCCCAGCACGUUUCUCCAAAUACAUCCACCAGUGUCUUAGUUCCUUUAACAUAGAGCCUCGCCCAUAGGAUGGCAAAAACAAUUAAGUACACAGUAGGACUGUUUUAGAGACCUUGCUAAUACAGUAGGGAUUGUCAUCACCAUUGAGAUCACAGUUCAUGAAAAGAUCUUAAAUUUGGGAGAAGCGAGAUAGAAGAUAGGAUUAAUUGGAGCUAGUCUUUGUUGUUUUAAGUUUGUAAAUUUUAAAAGAGCCAAGUGAAAAGAGUCACAUAGGCUUGGCCUGAAAAUUGGCCAACGCACUGUCCAUCUAGAUCCUAGUGGGGCAGGAAAGGGAUCUUAAAACACCAUUUUUUAAAUCUCAUUGUGUCCAAAUCUAACUUGUUAAAGAUCUUGUUGUAGUAAUCCUUUUAAAAUAUUAGAUACAAUGUUGGGGAAACGAAAGCGUGUGGUGUUGACAAUUAAGGACAAGCUUGACAUUAUUAAGAAACUGGAGGAGGGCAUCUCUUUCAAAAAACUUUCUGUGGUAUAUGGAAUUGGUGAAUCCACAGUUCGUGAUAUUAAAAAGAACAAAGAAAGGAUAAUAAACUAUGCCAACAGUUCAGAUCCUACAAGUGGGGUAUCCAAACGUAAAUCUAUGAAGUCGUCCACAUAUGAAGAACUUGACAGAGUUAUGAUAGAGUGGUUCAACCAACAGAAAACAGAUGGAAUUCCAGUGUCGGGAACGAUUUGUGCAAAACAAGCCAAAUUUUUUUUUGAUGCUCUGGGGAUGGAAGGUGAUUUUAAUGCAUCCUCUGGCUGGCUGACUAGAUUCAAGCAGCGCCAUGGUAUUCCAAAGGCUGCUGGUAAAGGAACAAAAUUAAAAGGAGAUGAAACUGCUGCCAGUGAGUUUUGUGGUAACUUUCAGGAAUUCGUUGAGAGAGAGAGUCUACAACCAGAACAAAUUUAUGGUGCUGAUCAAACUGGAUUGUUCUGGAAAUGCUUACCAUCAAGGACAUUAGCUCUUGAAACUGAGCAGAGUUCUUCUGGUUAUCGAUCAAGCAGAGAGAGAAUCAUUAUUAUGUGUUGUGCAAAUGCCACUGGUUUACACAAACUUAAUCUUUGUGUUGUGGGAAAAGCGAAAAAACCUCGUGCAUUCAAAGGAGCUGACCUUUCAAACCUUCCUGUUACUUAUUUCAGUCAAAAAAGUGCGUGGAUAGAACAUUCUGUUUUCAGACAGUGGUUUGAAAAAUAUUUUGUGCCACAGGUACAGAAGCAUUUGAAAUCCAAGGGGCUUCUAGAAAAAGCAGUGCUCCUUUUGGACUUUCCUCCAGCGCAUCCAAGUGAAGAAUUGUUGAGUUCAGAUGACGGCAGAAUAAUUGUGAAAUAUUUACCACCAAAUGUCACAAGUCUCAUUCAACCUAUGAGCCAAGGAGUUCUAGCCACAGUAAAAAGACACUACCGAGCAGGACUUCUCCAGAAAUACAUGGAUGAAGGAAUUGACCCUAGAAUGUUCUGGAAGAAUUUGACAGUGUUAGAUGCAAUUUAUGAAGUGUCAAGAGCUUGGAACAUGGUAAAGUCAAGUACCAUAACCAAAGCGUGGAAAAAACUUUUCCCUGGCACUGAAGAGAAUUCAGGCAUGAACAUUGAUGAAGGAGCCAUUUUAGCAGCUAACUUAGCAACAGUUUUACAGAACACAGAAGACUGUGAACAUGUUGACCUUGAAAAUAUUGAUCAGUGGUUUGACUCUCGGAGUAACGAUUCAAGCUGUCAGGUCCUAACUGACAGUGAAUGUGUGGAGGACCAGGCCAGGCCUGCCGAGACCAAGCCUUCCAGUAAGACUAGAAAAACAGAAUUGAAUCCAGAGAAGCAUAUUAGCCAUAAAGCUGCACUUGAAUGGACCGAAAAUUUACUGGAUUAUCUAGAACAACAAGAUGACAUGCUUCUGUCUGAUAAACUCGUAUUGCGAAGGCUUCGAACCAUAAUAAGAAGAAAACAGAAGAUCCAGAAUAACAAAAGUCAUUAAUAAUGCUCUUAAGAGUUUCAGUCUAUUUGCAUCUUUGUGACUUUAUCUGCAGUGGAACUUUAUUUCUUUUUUGAAGUGCUGUGGAUUUCAAAGCCAAAUGCAUUUUAUAAAUGACUUUAAAAUUAGAUGCCAUUUUGGAUUACGUAAAUUACUGCACUUGAAUGUCGAUUCUAGGAAGUUGACAUGUACCUUGUCUGUCUACUGUUCCUAAUCUGUAUUGUACUAAUUUAGAUCAUAAGGUACCUGAGGCCAGGGCGCCUGUGUCUGUUUUGUGCCUGAAUGUCAUUGUCUAAUAGAGGACCAUGCACACUAUAGGCAAUCAAUAAAUCUUUCUUAAAUUGAA